AUGGAAUCCCAAACCUUGAGUCCAACGAUGGUUCCGCCAUCAGUUAGAAAGUCAACAUUUCUGGUAAGGCCUUUUGUCAUGGGAGAAAGAAUGACUAGCUUUAGGAUAUAAUCUAACUUGUGAAGGCUGUUAUUUGGGCUGGUACCGCUAUAGGUACGCUCGGUCUUGCGUUCCGGUUGUUCGUAAGAGUGAAAUAUCUUCAUCGACUUCAAUUCGAUGACUUCUUGGUAUCCUUUGCUUGGAUGCUUCUCCUCGGUACCGCACUACUUUGGACCGUCAUUAUCAAUAAUUUUUACGAGAUAGCAAAUUUUCUUUCUGGGAAGGCUUAUCUUACCGCAACUUUUCCCCACAGUCUCGAACAAUAUCUCCAUGGUUCUCUUGCCGCGUGGUUGAUGUUCUACUUGGUGCUAUGGACUAUCAAGAUCAACUUUCUACUUUUCUUCCGUAAGCUGGGUGAUAAAGUAACCAACUACUACAAAAUCUACUGGUGGGCCGUUUUAAUCUUCACACUGGCAGCGGGUAUUGUGUGUGUUGGCACAAUACAGUAUGAUUGUCUGGCCGUUACCUUCGAGCAAUCCACAGCUUCCCAGGGAACGUGUGCUGGUCCGAAGGAUAUCAAGUUUCAGGACUUUGCACUCAAAUUCCCCGCUGCCUUGGAUAUUAUAACAGAUGCACUAAGUAAGGGAAUCAACAUUGUCAACGUUAAUUACUCACUAACAUGUAUUCGUAGUUAUUUCUAUGCCAAUAUCAAUGCUUUGGAGAGUUCGUAUGACUAUUAAGCGGAAAUUACAGUUGGGAGGUAUAUUCUGCCUCGUUAUCCUUACCAUUGUUGUUGCGAUUGUACGAAUCGCUAUAGUUUCGAGCGCGGCUGGUUCAAAUGCCAACAAACAGGUUGAGGUUACUUCGCACUUUAUAUGGCACCAUAUCGAGGCAUCUGUUGGUAAGUUUUCUGAUAUAUAUUUACUGUAUUUUAGUAAACUAAGCCAAGAGUAGCUGUCCUUGUAGCAUGUCUUGCUUCGUUCCGCACUCUAUUUGCGGCCAAAGAACGGGAAAGAGACGCAGAGCAGAGGGAACAGCGUGAGCGAGCUGGACGACCAGCUGGACCGAAAGCCCGAGUACUGUGGGCAAGAGCGAAAUAUAUCCAGGACUCGCUAUUUAGCACCACACCCACUGUCAAUGGAACUACGAAACUAGACAGCCACACAUCCGAUGGAAUGGACUAUCCCUUGAGAUCCGUGAAUGGAAACAAGAGUUAUGACACCGAACACACUUUGAACGGACAAGAUCAAAGCCUUACUACGGUCCCAUCUCAUCGCGGAGCAUGA